AGUUAUGAUCAUAAUUGUCAUUCUCUAUUACGAAACUGUGGACCCUCUGCUGCAUUUGUUUCUGAAGAGCGGGCAAACUGAAGAGCAACGACAUGUAGAUUCUGGGUUUUGCUGUCUUGAGGCACAUUUUGUUUUGGUUGCUUUUUCUUUUGGGGACUUUUUCUUUGUCUUUUUCCGUUUUCCCGCCAGCAGACCUUUAACAUGGUAAACCACAACCCGGCCCGUGUGGCGCUCGUGUUCGUUGGCUUGUGUGUGUUUUUUCCUGCUAUCUCAUUCAACUUUCUCUCGGGAUUUGGAGAUAAAUCAGGUAUCUUUAAGCAGCGGACAGAGGAUGUCACACUCAAGUACACGACCCCCAUAACUCCUGCUAAAUGGGCCUUUGUUGUGUGGGACUUCAUAUAUUUUUGGAUUUUUGCCAUGUUUGUAUACUUUUUGGCCGGAUUCUUCAGACGGAAUACAUAUGAGUGGAUGUACACGACACCUUCAGUGCUGCCCUAUGGAUUUCAUGUCACUCUGAUCAUCAACCUUUGUCUGAACACUACAUGGUUGUUUAUGUAUGACAGAGAGCUGUUGCUGGCAGCGCUUGUAACCUCGGCAGUAAUGGCAGUCACAGAUUACGUACUCCUGUUUUUCUCCUGCCAUGGAUUGAAGAUCUACGGAGCCUGGUUGCACAAAUACCACAACCCAGACCUCUGGAUCUUCAGAAUAUUGGUCCAAAAUGGACUGGCGGUGUACGCGACAUGGGGAACGCUCUCCACGCUGCUUAACGUGACGAUAUACCUACAGCAUCAGACAGGGAUGCUCAAAUGUGACUGUGCAAUGCUGGCUUUGCUGCUGAUUCUGAUGGAGCUGUCAGCAUGGUUUCUGUUAGAAAACUUCUACCUUGACAAGCAAGUGCGGUACAUUGUGACCAUCUAUCCUGUGGUUAUUCUGUGGCUGGCAGGCAUCCUGGAAAACAGUUCUUCUAAUAGUCAUAUGUACAUCUUUACAGUUUUGACUUUGGCCAUUUCCUGCGUCAUGUUUGUGGUACGCAUUGCGCUGGUGACCUGGAGGCAUACGAAACGGCCGCUUUACAACAGCAACGCACUCAACAUGUCCCCAGUGGAAAUAUCUUUAACACAAAGUCGACUCUUUCUAUGAGGAUCAAGCUCAGAGUAAUUAUUUUAAAACAUAAUUUGUAACUGGACUUAAUCUGGAGGCCUUUAGGAUUUGAUUUUAUUGAAUGAAAAGGAAAGGAAAGGCUGAAUGUACUGCGUUCUCUGAAUAAUAAACUAAAGGAAAAAGAAGUUAAUAAAGUCUUUUAUAUUAUUAAUUUUGGUGAAGUAUUUCAGUAAUCCCAAGAAAUAAGGUGACACUGAACAGUUUAACAGGUUAAUAAAGAACAUGAUCAGAGAAAUAACAAUAGUAUUCACAUUGUGAGAAAUGGGAAUUCAAGAGGUAAUUCCAGGUUUUGAAUCCACUUUUCUUACCUUUACACUAUGAGCAACAUUGACCUGUCCACGCAGACAUACAUGACUUAGUCUGCAGAGAUCUCUAGCUUUCUAAGUCUGUUAAGUGCCACUUCUUUCAUACGUGCAGUAACACAUGAUGAUGAAUGCAUCUGAAGCUGUGGUGUUUGAUGUUUUGCCCAAAGGCUCUUUAAGAUGCUUUAUGACUUUAUGGCAGAUGAAUGUUCCAUCACAUAGCUGCUCCCCACACACACAUCAAGUCAUAAUGGCUCUACUAAAAUUCAAAAAGGUAUUAUCAUCUGUGACCAUGCUAAUGCCCUGUCAAAAAACCUGUCAAAAAUAUUUGAUGCUUGAACACUUCAGGAAGGAUAGGCCUUUGCCUCGGACUUGAUUUCACUUGCUAUGAACACUGUGCCUGGUGUGUGAUUAUCUUGCUCGGAUCAACAUGAACUUUAUUUUCUCCCGCCUCUCCUGCUUUUACGGACGCACAGCUUUCCCGGCCUCUUGGCCAAUCCCUGGUCAUUUUGAGUAUGGUCUGGACUGACAUAGCCUUUUGUAUCUUUUAUACAGCUAUAUGUGUAUAUAAGUAUGUGUAUAUAUAUUUAUAUGAUCAUUUUUGUUAUCUCCUUUUUUGUCUUUUCUUUCUUGUGAACUGGCAACUGUUUGGUGUUUUGUGUCUGUUUUGUUCUCUUUGAAAAAAUAAAAAAAUAUA